UUUUUGAAGUUUAGACGGAAAGGGAAACCAUCAUUCUCCUUUGCUUGAGCUCAGCAAAAACCGGCUCUACUGGCCAGUUGAAUCUGUAGUUCACUGACUGGUUCUGAAAUUUCCAAAGAGCAGAUUAGGAAAGACAAAGGAAUGAGCAACAAGCCUCGAAUCUUCUCUGCACACUCCCACAGCAACACUCCCUGCACUCGCGCUCACCAGAUCGGAGCGCUCCUCCUCAUAGCCGCCACUUUCUUCUUCACUCGACUCUUCGACCAAUCCUUCCCUCCUCCCUGCAACCUCAUUACCGACCGUUCAUCACGAGAUGCCGACCUCCACGUUGCCAAAACGAACGGCGGAGGACGUCCACUGUGGCCCGAACGAGGCUACGGGUCCCACCUCUCGCUCAAGAUCUACGUCUACGACGAGAACGAGAUCGACGGCUUAAAAGACCUUUUGUACGGAAGAGACGGCACCGUUUCCACCAAUGCUUGUCUCAAAGGCCAGUGGGGUUCUCAGGUUAAAAUCCAUAGGCUGUUACUGGAAUCUCGAUUUCGGACAAGAAAGAAAGAGGAAGCAGAUUUGUUCUUUGUACCAUCUUACGUUAAAUGUGUUCGGAUGUUGGGUGGUCUUAAUGACAAAGAAAUUAAUCAAACUUACGUCAAGGUUUUGAGCCAAAUGCCAUAUUUUAGGAGGUCCGGAGGGCGUGACCACAUAUUUGUUUUCCCAAGUGGUGCUGGAGCUCACUUAUUUAGAUCUUGGGCGACUUAUAUAAAUCGUUCUAUAAUUCUUACUCCUGAGGGAGACCGUACUGAUAAGAAAGACACAAGUGCCUUUAAUACAUGGAAGGAUAUCAUCAUUCCUGGAAAUGUUGAUGAUGGGAUGACUAAAACAGGGGCUACUGUUGUCCAGCCGUUGCCUCUGUUGAAGAGAAAGUAUUUGGUGAACUAUUUAGGCCGGGCACAGAAAAAGACUGGUCGUCUUAAGUUGAUUGAGCUUUCAAAGCAAUAUGGAGACAAGUUGGAAUGUCCAGAGUUACAGUUCAGUGGUCCAAACAAAUUAGGAAGAGUGGAAUAUUUUCAGCACCUGGGCAAUGCCAAAUUCUGCUUCGCACCACGUGGAGAGUCAUCUUGGACCCUUCGCUUUUAUGAGUCAUUUUUUGUGGAAUGUGUUCCAGUUAUCUUAUCCGAUCAAGUAGAAUUACCUUUUCAGAAUGUAGUUGACUACACACAGAUAUCAAUCAAGUGGCCAUCUACUGUAAUAGGACCCGAACUUUUGGAGUACCUAGCUUCAAUACCAGAUGACGUGAUAGAGGGGAUGAUAGCCCAUGGGAGGCAAGUAAGGUGCUUGUGGGUUUAUGCUCCAGACUCGGAGCCAUGUUCCGCAAUGCAAGCAGUAAUGUGGGAGCUUCAGAGGAAAGUGAGGCUAUUUCACCAGUCAGCGGAGACAUUUUGGCUGCAUAAUGGGUCCAUCGUAAAUAGGAAUCUGGUUGAAUUUACUAGCUGGAAACCUCCCAUGCCUCUGCCUUAACUGUUCUCGGAACAGCACAACUCUGCCUCCAGUUCCUUUGUGCAGUGCUCUGCUUUCCCCUUUUCUCCAAGUUUCAACAUUGGCUGUCAAAUUUCUGAAUGACUCUUAGUAUUUAGUAAUUCUUUCAGGUUGUAGAGCAUUUUUUUGUUUUUGGGGUCACCUCACGGUUGGCUCCUUUAAGGGAAGCAUAAUCUUAAAUGUUGUAAAAAUGGCACGAAAUUAUAUUGUAUUUUAUUAUUAUAUUACAGAAACUCUUAAUGGUGAUAUAGCUAAUUGUAAAAUUCAAUUCAAUCUCU